AUAGUAAUGUGGCUCUCCGUCACCGCAAUGCUCAUCGCUGCGGCGACAACACCUGCAUAUUCAGCAGGGGAGUGCGCCAGGCUCUGCAAGGGUGUACAGUUCACCACUAGCAUCAAUGGAAGCCGUCGACACCUAUUUCCACACCGUGGUGUGUGGCGCGAAGGUGUAGACAAACUCACACACAAGUAUUCCUUGGAUCUAGACGAGCGUUCAGUGUUGUUUUCAUGUCGCAUACUGUAGUACUAGUAGUUGCCAAGAAAGUGGAGGAGUGUGCAAAUGGCCGUUGUUUGUGUAGCGUUUUUCUGAGAACGCAUCGCUUCGUAAGCUCGUACAGACAUGUUUGGUAGUGUUGGCUUGGCAAAGGGUGCCCUCCUGGCUCUGUACAGCUCACUGCUCAGCUUUCAAGCUCUGCAAUCAAGCAGUACAAGCAUCUCCACCGCUACGACCCCGCCCGACAGCAGCAGCAGCAGCAGCAGCGUUGGAGGAGGAAACACGACAACGCUUCCUGUUGUCAGCAACUCGCCGACUAGGGAUCCGGAUGGCGUUGUGUCAGGUUCAUCACCGUAUUCGCCAGAAGUCCUGGGUGAAACGUAUGGAAUGGACAUACUGAGGAGGACGUUCAACUAUGUGGAAUGUUAUCAUGAUCGCUUGGCAUCAGUGGAAGGAGACAGAUCCCAGGUGUUGUCUGUACAUCUAUCCGGCAUCACCGACGUCAUGUCCCGUACGCCGUCCAAACAGCAGCCUACGAUGUGCGCCCACGCGUGCUGGGAGGACGGCUAUCGGAUGGCUGGCAUACGCAUGGCUUACCAGUGCUGGUGUGGUGUGGCCGUCAGUCCGCAAGCACUGGCGGCGGAGUGCCAGCCAUGCCAUGGGAACACCAGCUAUCUCUGCGGAUCUUCCUGGAGUAUGGCCGUCUACCUUCUAGACAGCGUUCCCCCAAAGGUGUCCAUAUGCCAUCCAGAGCGUAUUGUUUUGGUCGGAGCACAAGUUACAUUGCAGUGCAGCUCACUGGGAGAAGGCCCCGUCUCAUUCGCGUGGUACAGGCAUUUGUACAACGGCACUGAGCAGCUACUGGAGAGCGGCGGAAACGUUGUGAUCAGUGGAGGCCUACUGACAAUCACUCAGGUGAACCCGUUCAAUGCCGGUCGGUACAUUUGCCGCGUGAAAAGUGACUUCUUCCCAGGACUGCCUAGGGCCAGGGACACGGCCACUGCGCGGGUCUACGUGCAGAUACCACCCACUGUCAGGCUUGUGCGUACCGGGGAAAUCUCCCCGGGUGGCCAAGUGAAGCUGCUUUGCUCUGCCUACGGAGACAAACCGAUGUUUCUCAGCUGGACGAAGGAUGGCCGAGCGCUGGGCAUGACGCAUCACGAGCGCAUCUUCAUUCGCACCUGGGUGCAGAACAGCUCCAGCAUCCUGACUCUAUCCCGCCUGGAGGCCACAGACAGCGCGCGGUACUCGUGCACGGCCAAGAAUCAGCGUAUCGUCGACAUUGCACAGCGUGUCAGCACCGCCCAUGAGGACAUCAAUGUGCUAUCUCCACACGCAGCAAUUGGCAAGCAUCUGAACAUCACCGAUGCCGUGACUGGGAAUAUAUCAGUCAACGAAGGGCUGCCUACGGUGCCUCCCAGUGCUUCCAGCCUGGCCGCUGAGGAGAAACCGCUGCGGCCCUACACUUCACGUCGCAUGGUCAUCGUCAUCUCGUCCCUGUGCACCGUGUGCAUUCUGCUGCUGAGCAUCGUCCUAGCCGUCGUCAUCCGCUGGAAGAGAGAAGUGCGCAAGACCAUGCCAGUGGUCCUAGCUGCUGGUCCCAGCCGUUCUGCAAGUACUAUGGGCAGGCAUGAUACGAGUACUCUGCCACGCGGCAUGCCGUGUGAUACUAUGCAGAGCAUGUCGUCACGGCGAUAUGUAGGCGAAGCUGCCGCCGCCACCUCCACCGGUGUGGUGAUUCUGAAUCCCGACAAGUCAGCCUCUCUACUCUCUGUGCGGACUGCUGAUCUACCGUUCCCGUUCAACCAGCCACGCAGGAACACUUGUGUGCAUCGACAAGGAGCUGGCGAGGACGACGAUGCAACCACCAGGCCGGGUUCGAUUUGCAGUGGCUGUGAUUGUGGCCAGGCCCGUGGCACCACCGCAGCACUGCAUAGUCAAGUAACAGCCCUGCCGCGGGGCUCCGUGCCACCGUGGCUAGCGGUGGGCAGAAACAACUCGCUGGAUUCUUUUCGCGGGGUGGCACUGCAAGAAGGAGAGAGUGAUGCCGAGGAGCUGCAUCCCAACGCUCUCGUUGCAUACAACCUCUCCACACCAGCUUCGGUCUACAUGAAUCCAGGCAGGGAUUUCUAAGUUCCAAGCCCAAUCACAACCACUUGAAGUUAGUUUCACAUGUUGGCAAUAGUUGCAUGAACGCUAUCGACAUUGAUCAUAUCUUUUUAAAUUAUUUCCGCUACAUUUAUUAUUGUUUGCUGACCGAAGAUUGCCCUAAAUGCACCUUUCUCUUGACCCGCACCCUUGAGUAAUGAUAGAAACACAGCUAUAGGACUUUCCCCAACGUGAGCUUCCAUAAUUUGUAAUGCUUUUUGCCAUGGACUAUGAUUAUUAUUCAGCAAUGCUUCUUCUGAUCAUGUGAUUGUCUCCACUUUAUUCCCUCUCAACUUCACACCAUAAUAAUGCUAGAAGUCACAAAAUAUCGUACAA